CUGUCUUUCGGGAACUUGUUUUCCAGGCGUACAAAAUAGCAUAAUAAAACAAUUUAUCGCAGAGCUUAUCAUAAAACGUCAUACAACAUGAAUUUAAAGUUGUGUGUCUGGGAAGGAUUGCACAACGCAGAACGGGCGCGCGCUGGAGAAAGUCAUGUGAUUUCAUAAAACGUCUAAUCAUGACCAACAAUAGCUCAAGAAUCUGUGCUGAGGUACAGCCCAAGACGCCUUUGGGACGGUCCUGCGUUACAUUUCCUUUUUUCCUUUGCGAAAAACAACGGAUGGGACAAUAGGCUAUUGCACACACGUGAGUGGCACUCGAAUACAAUACAACACUGGACGUCUUCAAUAACGACACACCAGAUGACCAGAAAGCAAAUUAUUUGGGAUGGGAAAGAAGAAAUGAAUAAACAAGAAACGAAUGAAUGAAAAGAGCACCGACAGCUAUUUUAGGUCACCGCAUUGCCUGUAGCCUAUAAUCAUAUAACGUAAAACACUGUGCGGUACUUAUUGUAUAUGGUAAACCUUUGUAUUGGAUCGUUUCUUGCUUCCCUGUAUAUACAGCUUUGGAAACAGUGAAAGUGAUGGAUUCCAAUAACAAUGGAUUUUGAUGAUUGAAAGGCAAGCUGGUGGAAUCAGUCCUGCGCUCGAGGGGGUAUUUGGCGCUCCGGAUAUACAGUGAAAAGGGAACAAAAAAGGUGGAGAAGAUGCUUGCUUACCAUUCCAGAAAAGAAGUUCAUCUUUCAUUUUUCCUGGAUUCUUGACACGACCGGAGAGAUAAUUGUUAUUGUAGAAUAUUGAUAUCAAUAUGCUAAAUUUACACUAUGACUGGAUGUGCGAAAGAACUGUUUUACUAUCGUGGAAACGGUUGAUAUAGGUGGACGUAUUCAGUCGAAAUAUCAGAAAGAAUCAGUUUCUCUCGCUUUUCAGAAACCUUGUUUUUUUUUUUUGUUUUUUUUUCCUUUCUUUUUUUUAAAUUUUGGUGCCUGUUCAGGUUACAGGAACACUACCGCAAAGAUGCCGGGAGUUCUCUCGCCAGCCCAAGCGCUCUACAUUGGGAUGGAGGUGGCGAUUGCAGUUUCCUCCGUCCUGGGCAACGUGAUGGUGGUCUGGGCGGUAAAAAUUAACCGGUCUCUCAGGGACACAACAUUUUGCUUUAUAGUGUCUCUGGCUCUGGCUGACAUCGCGGUGGGCGCUCUCGUCAUACCUCUGGCCAUAACGAUCAGUAUCGGACUCCAGACGCAUUUCUAUAGCUGCCUGCUAGUGGCGUGCACAGUGCUGGUACUGACGCAAAGUUCAAUCCUUGCUCUCCUGGCCAUCGCUAUUGACCGGUACCUAAGGGUCAAGAUACCAACCAGCUACAAGCGGGUGGUGACACGGCGGCGGGCUGGGGCGGCGGUGGUUGCCUGCUGGACCGUGGCCUUCGUCGUGGGCCUGACGCCCAUGCUGGGCUGGAACAACCUGCGGCGGCUGCAGGAGAACGGCUCCAUCGGGCCCGACCUGGUCAUCACCUGCCAGUUCGAGACGGUCAUCAGCAUGGAGUACAUGGUCUACUUCAACUUCUUUGGCUGGGUGCUGCCGCCGCUCGUCCUCAUGGUGCUCAUCUACGCCGAGAUCUUCUACAUGAUCCACGGGCAGCUCAACAAGAAGGUGAGCGCCAGCCACACGGACCCCAACAAGUACUACGACAAGGAGCUGAAGCUGGCCAAGUCGCUGGCGCUGGUGCUCUUCCUCUUCGCCCUCAGCUGGCUUCCUCUACACAUCCUCAACUGCAUCACGCUCUUCUGUCCAACCUGCAACAAGCCCAUGUUCCUCAUCUACAUCGCCAUCCUGCUCACCCACGGCAACUCCGCCGUCAACCCCGUGGUCUACGCCUUCCGCAUCAAGAAGUUCCGCAGCGCCUUCCUCAAGAUAUGGAAGCAGUACUUCUGCUGCAAGGACACGGUCGGCCUGCCAAACCAGCCCAGCGAGAGGAUGGACAGCCACGUCGAGCCGCCGAGGCCGGAGAAACAGAAGCAGAAGCAGAAGGAGGAGCAGGAGAUGGAGCAGAACACCAUCUGACCCAGGCGCAUCGGGUGGGUGGGGGACUGAGAGGCAGAAAUGCAGGAAUUUCCCAGAAUUCCCUACCCAUCCUCUCAAAAGAGCAAUGGUAGCUCUUCAACUGUUAACGUAUGUUAACCAGUGCCAUACUGUGUGUGACCCCCUUGGCAGUGACCAAGAGCGACUCUUAUGCCAGUCAGGAUGUUGUGGAACGCACACCUGAUUCCUGAGCCUGGAACUCACUGAUUGGCUGAGGGACUGUGACAUCACAUACGCUCAUUGGAGGGGGCGGUUUUGAGCACAAAAGAGGGAAGAACAAAAAUGAACGUUGCCUCAGCACACUGUCACUUGAGGCAUAAGGAAGAUUCUUUUUGCCUAAAAGGCACUCUACCUUCUUUCUCAAGGAAUUUUGAAGAACGGAACAGUAUCAGAAAUUAAAGCUACCUUUUGAGACAAUCUGAAUCAAUGUGCGUAUGCUGUUAUUGUAUUUCCAUCUCAUUUUUGGCUGUUGACUUUUCCAUUUCUACUUUUUCCAGAAAUAAAUGGAUAAAGUCUCACGGUAUAAAAACCCUUACCGAAUGAUAGUUAGUUUCCAACUGUUUUGGAGGAUCCAUCGAGCAAUUCACUAUGUAAAUGAGAGGAAAGGGGAAUAUUUAAACUCCUGGAGCAACACCUGGAGUACUUUUCGUUGUUCAUCAUCGUCAUGUCCCAGAUCUCAACAUGCAGCUGCAGCACAGGGUUGCUGCGAUGCAGAAAAAAGAGAGAGACGAGGAGCCAUUGGCGCUGACACCAGGAGUUUUCUAAUCCCUCGGUCCAGCUCUGCGGCAGUUCAGUGCUGACCCAACCCGGCAUGGGGUAAGGGACAGACAGGCCCCAGGGACCAGGCUGCUGUCUCACUGAAGGCUUCUUUAAGAUUCCCGUCACGUGACCAGAAGUGUAGCCGGCAGGAACUGCGGGGGUUAAACUGGUGGAAAGAGUCUUUAGAGCCCGCACGUCCAUCUUUCUAAGUGACGGAGAAAAUCAGAGAAGCACAUAAGGGCCUCACACAUUUCCUCCUGCAGGCUGUCUGUUGGAUACCAGCAGUUCAGAGUGGGACGUCCUUGGCCUUAAAAUAAUUUUGAUCGAUCGGUGGAAGAGGGUUUCAGGUCCUCCUGGACGAGGGCAAGACCCCUACGCGAUAGGAUUCCACCUGCUGGAUGGAAGGGUGCUUUUAUUUCUCCACAUAACAGAACAUAACAUACCAACAGCUUCUUUCGUCGCACUGUUUCUACGGGGGCCUUUCUGUGGAGAAGCAGAGGCUUGAUUACAGGAAGGUGCCGGAGAGACACCGGAAGACUAACCAGCUAUUUGCCAUCCGGCACCCAGCUCAGUGCCAAAAGACACAUGUGGACUCAUCCUCUAAAGAGAGCUGUCUGAUAUACUGCCUGCUUUCAGUGUGUCCAGUGGGGAAAAGGCUCAAAGACAGCACGGACAUUCACAGUACACUACCCUAGGGUGAUCUCCAUCCACCCAUGGAUGCAUGCAUACACACGCAUAUGCGCACACACAUGCGCAUGUACACUCACACGCACACACACACACACACACACACACACUUCCAUACACAUGUAUAUACCUGCACACCCAUGCAUACACUUACACUCAUAUGGUUGAGGGUGUUUAGAAGUGACUGUGUUGUUGGUUCAGGCUGAUGUUCCUGUGGGGUUGCUCCUGGUCAGUGUGCUAUAUAUCCAAAGGGAAAUAUAGAUGUGCUCAACAGGAGAAUGCACUGCAGUAGUAGUAUGAUGAUGCCAGUAACUGUUACUUUAACACCUUCUAUCCAUCCCUUUUAAGAAUACUUUGUUAAAGAUACCCUGCGACAAAAAAUUAAAUAAAAAUUCUGCAA